CUUCCCUCCGCAGCGUCUUCUGCCUUUAAUGUAUGACUUUUUGGGACAGCAGCCCAAGUUGUUCGCCAGUUCGCCCCUCUGAUAUUUUUUUUCCCCUCUGGUUCAUAAACACACCUGACAGGCCAAAGUGCAGUGAUUUGAAGACUUGCCAUCUGCUGGGCAUGGAGCUUAGCGAAGACAGAAACAUUGACGUCCCAGCCGUCCUUACAGAGUCCUGCUUCUCGCAAAGAUAUAGAGAGCACCUGGAGAAGGUUGGCAUUUUGGAUGGACGAUAUAGAGCACAGAAACUACCUGGGGGCACCGUGGCUCUUCCAGUGUUGGAAAACAAACUAAGCGUAUCACUUGUGGUAGAUCUUAUGGAAAUUGUUGCUCCAGGAAGCUCCUGCCGGGAAAUGCUGAUUAGGAACCCUGUUCUCUCUAAGCGUGCUGCGGUCAAGUCUCCUGCUCAGACGUUACGGAACAAUGUCUAUAAGCUGUUGGAAAGUCAUGGCCUUACAUGGGGAAGGGAUUUAGAGUGUGACCUUCCUCGCUCUUGGCAGCGGCAUGGAGACCUGGUUGUUUUGAGUGAGGAUUGCUUCAGGGAUCCAGUAUGGGGGCAGUUAGGCAAUGAGUUGUGGGUGAGUGUGGCCUCUUCCCUUGGUGCAGGACGCUUAGCUAAGCAAGGCAGAGUGAUGGAUGAUGGGGUGAGAUCUCCCAAUGUAACUCUUCUGCUUGGUGAAAAUGGAUGGGUAGAGCAUGUUGACAAUGGCAUCAGGUAUACCUUUGACAUCACCAAAUGCAUGUUUUCAGCAGGAAACAUAACAGAGAAGCAGAGAGUGGCUUCACUAUCCUGCCAUGGAGAGGUGGUGGUAGACCUCUAUUCGGGGAUUGGCUACUUUACUCUGCCGUACUUGGUUCAUGCAGGCGCCUCCUUUGUUCAUGCUUGUGAGUGGAACCCCCAUGCCGUGAGUGCUCUCAAGAAAAAUCUGGUUAUUAACAGGGUUUCUGACAAAUGCCAUAUCCAUGAGGGAGAUAACAGGCAGCUGACUCUGAGUGAUGUGGCCGACAGAGUGAACCUGGGUCUCAUUCCCACAUCUGAGCCAGGUUAUCCAGUGGCAUGUAGAGUUUUGAAGAAGGAUACAGGUGGAGUCCUGCACAUACACCACAAUGUGGACUGCUACGGCAAAAGUCAAGGAGAAACUGAUAAAGACGUUUCUCAGACAUGGCGGAAAAUAGCAUGGAGGAAUUGGGCAGAGCUGGUAGAGAAGGAGAUCAGUGCUAUGUUGGAGCAGGUUGAUGGGAAAAAAUGGCAGACUAGGACAUUGCGAUUGGAAAAGAUUAAGUCCUAUGCACCACAUGUGGAUCAUGUUGUAUUGGACCUGGACUGCCGCCCACUACCUAGUAUUUAAAGAACAUUUUUUUUAUUUUUUUAACUUACUUUUUAGGUAAAAAUGUCCUGCACUUUUAAAUAAAAUCAUAUACCUGCAAGUUUUAAAAAUGGCUUUAGUAUGUAAUGGACAGUGUAAGUGUAACUUUAUCAUUUUACCCUUGAGCCCCCAAAUUGAAACCACUCUUUGAAAACAAAUACAAAUAACCAUAGGCUGAGGGUGAUUUUUUUUUAUUUGGGGAGGCUAAAGAUGGGCCAUACAUAGACUGACCUAAGCUAAUGUGAGACUUAGUGGAUUUGCUGCUGGCGUAAUCAGGAACCCCCCCCAAAUACCUCUUGCGGUUCCCACUGACUUCCAGUUAUCUGUGCCCCUUCUCUGACUAACAGUAAACCAAGCAGCAUAGUCUGCAUAGAUAUUUGUCAGAUACAUGGUGAUGGUUUUAUUUUGUGGUCCCCUUAUAUAUUU